GGUGGAAAUGUUUCAUAACUACUGUUCUCCCAAGAAGAAUGAAACGUACGAGCGUUACGUAUUCAGGAUGCGAGAGCAGGCAGAAGGUGAGCUGUUUGAGCAAUUCUACAGAGACCUUUUGUUGAAGGCUAAGACCUGCGAAUUUGGCAGUUUGGCAGACUCGAUGAUCAGAGAUCAGAUAGUGUAUGGUAUAUCGAACAAGAAACUACGUCAAAGACUGUUGCGAGAGCAGGACUUAUCGCUUACCAGAGCAGUGGACAUGUGUAAAGCGAACGAAAUAGCAGAAAAACAAAACAAAGUUUGGGACAAGCCAGAAGAGUCCGUUCUGAGUAUUCACCAGACAACUAAAAGACGUUCGACGGUGCCAGUGGAAGCACCACCUAGACCUGACCGCUGUCAGAAGUGUAACUUCAUUCACAAAGGAACAAGCUGUCCAGCAACAGGGAAAGGAUGCAGGAGAUGCCAUCGCCGAGGUCAUUUCGCGUUUUGCUGUCCGAAGCAACGGGUGAACGCGAUAACUAACGAAAACGACGAUCAAGCCGCGGAUGCCGGGAGUGACUUUGAAAUUCUGGAGGUGGGAGCACGCACUUCUGCAAGUAAUCAAGCAGAGUGGCUGAUACCGGCGAAGGUAGCUGAUAAGGAUAUCAUGCUGAAGAUUGAUACUGGAGCCCAAGCAAACUUGUUGCCACUGUCGUGGUGGAAACGAGCAGGCAGGAGUGCGGAUUUGCGAAGGAGCACGGCAAUUUUGCGCAGUUACAGUGGCGGCAUAAUUGCACACGCAGGAAAAGCAUCCUUGACUGUGGAGUGCAACAACACAAAAGAACUCACCGAGUUCUUCAUUGUAAAAAAGUCGCGGGCUCCCAUUCUCGGUCUCCAGGCCAGUGAACUCCUUGGACUCGUGAAUCGCGUUUCGGCAGUUUCCUGCGAUAACUUGAGCGCAGUGACCUCCGAAUUCCCCGAGGUGUUCCAGGGGUUAGGUUGUGUGAAACGGGCAUACCACAUGGUGCUGAAGGAAGGAGCCAGGCCAACGGUGCAAGCAGCCCGGCGAGUCCCUCAAGCUUUGCGGCAGCCACUGGAGAGGGAGCUGCAGCGCUUAACCGCCGCCAACGUUAUCCGGAAAGUGGAUGAGCCAACUGACUGGGUCUACACCCCUGGAGGAUGGCCAGUGCCCCAGCGAGCUUCUAAUGGGACGCCGCAUUAGGUCCCGUCUUCCUGACUUCACGCCAGCAGUUCCAAAACCAGCCAGAAAACACACACAGGAUAACACUAAAGGAUGUUUUUUGAAGCCACUACGGGAAGGUGACGUGGUACGUCUGAGGGACAAAGGACAGUGGGUCACAAAGGGCCACGUGUUAAGGAACGUGGCGCCUCGUUCUUCACUGGUUGUCACGCAGGAUGGCCGGGAAUAUCGACGCAACAGAGAACACCUGCGACCAACGAAUGAAGACCUGCAGAGUUCCGAUCACUUUGAGGAGCACCUGGAAGAUUCCCCAGCCUGUGCCCUGACCAGCAUUCAAGCUACACCGGCUGCAUGGACCCCAACAGUGCAGCAUGAUGAUCCAGCCAUCCCAACCACAGUCGCUACUUCAACGAGAACUCCGACCAACUCCCCAGCUGCAGUCAACUCCACAGCGAGAACAGAGGAUGAUCUGGCUAGUGAACUUAGACCAUGUGUUGCUCGGACAUCAACCCGAACUGUGCGGCGACCCCAAAGGCUAAACUACGAUCAGAACUUCCAGCAGCAAGCUUAACGGGCUUUUGAGUUAUUGCUUUUUAUAUUUCGUGUUUUGUGUAUUUUGUUUAUUUUCGUAUGUAUUUCUUGUUGGUUUUUCAUAGUCCAAAGAAAGGGAGAUGUAACAGUCUUGAUACUAGCGCCACCGCCACACUGAGUGAGAGACGACAAUAAAGA